GCAUUAUAAACGCCCCAGUCCUCAGUAACAAUACGGGAAUCGACAAAUGCCCGACUGCGCCAUUUAAAUUUCUCAAAGAUUAGCACCGGCUCUCUCGACAACAGAUCUGUGUUUGGGAAAAACACAACAUGCCAAUAUAAUUUCAAUGGAAUCGUAAGCAGUCAUCUAUGAUAUUCCAUCAAACAUGGAGAUGUCCUGGGUCAUAGUUUGUUGUCUUCUUUGCAGUUUGUUUAACAUUGCGAAGAGUCAGUCAUGCAGCGAAAGUAAUUUGAUUAAUUCCGAGACUCUUCCUGUGGCCAGUCGGUCCCUCCAGACCUUAAGUUCUCCAGGAUGGAGAGUGUCGUAUUAUCCGAACAUGGAUUGCCAGUGGCGUAUAUCUGCCGGAAAUGGGAAUCGAGUUGUCGUAGACGUACGAGAGUAUAUUAUAGAGGACGGGGAAGGGUCUGAAUGUGUUUACGACUACCUCCAGUUCUUUGAUGGUUCCAGUACCAGCGUUACAGUAACCACUGUAUGUAGCACAGCCCGCCAAGGUAAACUGUUUGUGUCGACUGGGCCAGAUGCAAUUCUCCGUCUCAAAAGUGACUCCAGCAUACAGCAGGCCGGUUUUACAAUGAGAUACUUCAUAGGAAAAACGGAGGACCAGAACGGAUGUUCUGCGGAAGUAACUUUAACAGCGACCUCUACCGUCCAGUACCUUACCAACAAACAGUGGCCAGAUUCCUACGACGAAAAUACAUUAUGUCGAUGGCAGAUCAAUUCAAGUGGAAAGGUGGAAAUGGAGAUUUUGUUCUCCGAUAUGGUCAGCGGUGAAGAAUGCUUUUCGGACACGCUAGAGAUAUUUGAUGGGAGCAGUAGGACUGAUCCCUCGCUGACCCAGGGUUUUUUCUGUGACAGCAGAAGCACAUUUCCUAGCAGAAGCAGUAUGACAUUUACAACCAGCGGUUCUUCUGCUUACAUCAGGUUUAGGUCCAUAGCUAGUGGCUACAGCAGACAUGGAUUUGUUCUCAGUUUUAAAGAAGUAGCUCCCACCGUUACCACCACACAAGCUCCGACGACCACCACCACACAGCCCCCUAACGACGUGUGCAGCAGUGGUACCAUCCAACUUACCGCCACCAACAACACACAGUAUAUACAGUCCCCCAACUACCCCGUCUUCUAUUCCACGAACCUGUUUUGUUCUUGGUUGAUCGCGGGUUCGGAGGAUAGCCUUGUCCAGCUGAAGGUCAUAGACUCCUAUUUGGAGGAUAGUGAGGGUUGUGUGGGAGACUACGUGCGCAUACACGACGGCGACAACGCUGAAGCAGCCGUCAUCGCUACAUACUGCGGCGAGAUUUCCAGCAGCGUCAACUCGACCAGCAACAAGCUGUACAUUCAGUUCCGGUCGGACGGGUCGGUUGGCCAGAGAGGAUUUCAUCUAGAGUACACAACUCUCUCAGAGUAUUCGUCACCUGCCUGUAUACCCCCAGCGGGAGUCACUAAUCUAGUUGCCAACACUACCGCAGAGUACCUAGAAUCACCAAAUUAUCCGGACAAGUACAACAGUUCAAUAACAACUUACUGGUUGAUUCAUAACCCUACGGGUUCUGGCUAUAUCAGGCUUGAAGUAGAGGAUUCAAGAAUAGAGGCGGAUCCAUACUGUUCAUACGACAAAGUAACAGUAUACAGAGGUCCCUGCACAACAUACCCCGUGCUUGGUUCUUUCUGUGGUGUGCAGAAACCCACUAUCACUCAGUACACUGGGGCCUAUGUACUAGUGGCCUUCACUACCGAUUCGAAUGCCGAGUUCAAGGGAUUCAGAAUUAAGUACUACAUCACCACAGAGAGAGAAACAACCAGUACUCCCUGGAAAAACGUUGCUAUAAUAGCCGGAGCAGUAGUAGGAGGCAUUAUUGGGGUGGCCUUGAUUGCAGGGUUAGCAAUAGCGAUAAAGAGAGGGAAACUUCCUGGUAUGAAAUCAAAAGGACACAAAAGGCGUCGCCUGUCAUCGGCGUCGUCCAUGUCUAGCAUUAGUAGCAGUGACGAAAGUGACAAUGAGGCUAAACGAAAGCGCCGCCCAAAGACAGCCCUCAGAUCAAAAACAAAAGUGAAACUACCGCCGGUUAAAGCUAACGUGGACAAGCUACCAAAGUUACCUUUGUCAAUAAAAAGCAAAAUACCGCCUAUUUCAAAGUGAAUUACAGCAAUGCCAUAUAUAGUUUGUUCUUGUGUUUGUGAAACUGACAUAGCGUGGAUGAUUACAUGUGCAUGUGUUUAAAGCUGUAAUGGAUUUAUUUGACUGUCCUUGUGGACUUCAUGUAUUUGUAGUUAAUAUUAAUGUUAGUCAAAGAAAUUUAACUGUACACAAAUUGCUUGUGUAUGACUAUGUAGCUCCUGUGCAUUAAAGUACAUUAAUUAAACAAUUAGAAUCCCAUCACGUGAGUUUUUGACACUUCAGAAAGCUCAAUUUCAUCGUUGUCUCAAUUGAUACAUUUUCAACUGUUUUUUCUAUCAUUUCAUGAUUUUGCCAACUGUCAAUUCAUGAUACGAUCCUCCUUAUACUGUUACAUGAAUGAUUCCUUAAUUUCACAGUUGUAAGGUUUUACGGAGCUACAUGUGUAUAUGGUCCAUUAAUAAUAUCUUUAGUUGAAAUACAAGAAUACAUUUGUACAAUUCUAAUGAACCAACGAUACUUUGAUUUGUUCUGAUAAGGUUAUCAUAUGUAAGGCAAACGUUUUAAUUUGGAUAUAACAUUCACAUUGAUAUUAAAACACAUGCAAUGCUCUCAUGCUAUAUUGAUACUUUUGAAAUGGAAAUGUGCAUAGCAUGAUAUUUUCUUCAACAAUUGACCAAUGUGCGGUGUUCGGGGCUUUAAUAACCGGUCGGUCUCAGAUUUCUUUAUUGUACUAGCGCCAAGGCAAAAGUUAAAAAAAAAUGUGUAUGUGUUUACAGUCACCCCACCGACCCAAUAUUUUCGCCCCGACCCCAAAAAUAUAUGAUUUUCCGGAAAUUCUGAACCCGCUAUUAAUCCACUUAUAAAAAUACCAUAGGCGCCUGGGUCAAGGAUAUUGCACUAUAACCUAUAUGUAAACAAUGGAGGAAAUUCGAACCACGAAUAAAUAUUUCUCUCUGAUC